CAAGCAGGCAGAUCUCACGCGCACGUUCUUCUCCGUGGGAUGGUAAAUGACCGAUGGGGAAUCAUGAACAGCUCUUCUGAACUCGAAGAUGGAACUCGGCAUAAAAACCAGAGGAUGAGCUGCAGCUACCUGCUCUGCACCAUCCUGCUUUUUGUGGCUGUACUGCUGGCUGUCACAGUGACCGGCACCAUUCUUUUUAUGAAUCACUACCAGGCCCCGCCCUUGUCCGAUGGCCUACCACACAUUUCUACCAAUCAGGAUGAAGCAAAUGCCCUGGUCACCGUCGAGAGAGGCGACGGUUCUCGCAUCAACAUCUUCAUUGACCCCAACUGUCCUGAUUACAACAGCAACUUCAUACGGCUGGAGGGUGUUCAGACCUCACUGCUUCACUCACUGACUGACCACGACUCUGACCUGAAGUCAGUGAAAGGCCAGGACCGGGCUCUGCUCGUGAGUCUGGCUGAGGAGGUGGCCAAGCUGUCAGCGCAUGCCGGGCAACUGAAAAUGGACUAUGAGUCUCUGCGCAGAGGGCAGAGUAAUCUUGGUCAAGACCUGAACACGCUCCAGACAGAACAGGGACGCCUCAUACAGCUGCUGUCAGACAGCCAGAUCAACAUGGUGAAGGUGGUGAACUCCGUCAGCGAUGCUCUCAAUGCAAUGCAGAAGGAGAAUGUGGGUCUGAAGGCUCGAGUCAAGGCCGAUCUACAGAGAGCUCCAGCCCGAGGGGCUCGCUUCAAGGGCUGCUCCAAUGGCUCACGCCCCCGUGACUGUGGUGAUCUAUUUGCCAGUGGUCAGAGAGAAGACGGCAUCUACUCCGUGUUUCCUCUUCACCACCCUACCGGCUUCCAGGUCUACUGUGACAUGACCACUGACGGAGGAGGCUGGACAGUGAGUCAGAACACAACACAAACCUUUACUGCACACUAACACCAAGCUCUUAAGCUUUCCGUGUAUCUUCC